CUGAGACACACUGUUUUGAAGGGAAAAAAUCGCAAUUUCCCAUAUCGAUAAAUCGAUUUUUAUUGGCCAAAAUUGAGAAAAUCUUCAACCGGUCAUGAAAAUCAACCCUAAUCUGCUAGAAGCAAACCAAAAAUGUAAACGUCUGGUAGAUUUAAUCUCUCGAAUUGGUGAACUUCCGUCUUCUCACCCACUACUGAACGGUCAUCUCACUCCGGCAUUUCCAGUAGAACGAUCUGUUAGACAGUGAGAUCCGGUCAGUAUGCACCUCUUUGUCCUUUUCCUUCAUCCGCUUGUAAGUAAGCUUGAAAGUGUUUGUGGACAAGACCUCGUCGUUGCGUAUGCUGAUGAUAUAAGUAUCCUGGUCACAUGCUUCACUAAAAUUGAGUCUGUGAAAGACAUCUUCUCAUGCUUUGAGCGAGUCUCUGGUUCACGGCUAAAUUUGAGGAAAACGACAUCUAUUAACGUUGGACUCAUUGACGGCGAUCUCAUGAACCUCUCUUGGAUACACACGGCAGAACAAAUCAAGAUUUUGGGAGUUGUGUUUAGCAAUUCGAUUCGUAUCACGGCAAGAAUUAAUUGGGAGGAAAUAGUACAAAAGUUUUCGAGACAAGUGUGACUCUAUUCAACAAGAUUGUUAACAUUACACCAAAAGAUAAUUCUUUUAAACACAUACAUGACGUCAAAGAUAUGGUACGUCUCGUCAAUCCUCUCUCCGUACUGCACACACACUACUAAAAUAACAGCAACGUUGGGUAAAUUCCUUUGGCUGGGUGUUCCAACUCGCAUUCCUAUAUAACAACUUGCACGAAAGCGUGAACAAGGAGGAUUAAAGCUCCACAUUCCUGCGCUUAAAUGCAAAGCUCUUUUGCUAAAUCGACACAUUCAAGAGCUUGAAUAUACUCCAUUCUACAAAUUAUUCAUGAUACACAAAUAAGAAAUAUUAUUCCUUCUGAGCUCCUUUGCUUGAAAUACGUUAGACAAUGUUUCACCGAUCUGCCUGUCCAUUUGCAACAAGAUCCAUCGGCCGGGGCAUUCAUCAGCAAUACACAACAAUGACAGAAGUACCAAAAUUGGAGAGGAAUAACCCUGCAGUGAACUGGACGCGUGCGUGGGAAAACAUUGCUACUAACUAUCUGACGUCUGCACAAAAAAUUACAUCUUCGUGAACGAGAAAACCGAACAUAGGCUUCUAUUGUUCACAAUAAGGCGUGCAGACACAGAGGAGUGUGUCCAUUGUAACAAAGUCGUUGAAACACUUAAACACAAAUUCUGUGAAUGCCCACGGGUAGUAAAGGCCUGGAAUCUUCUGCAGCAUAACAUAUCAACGAUCAUUCCCGGAAGACCUGCAGAGCCCUACUAUGCAGAACAUAGGAUCUCUUAAAAGAGCAAAAAUCCUAAAAUUAUUUUGCAGUUAUUUGAAUUAUAUUAAACAAAAUAAUGUUAUAGGUUUAGCCGCUCUUGAAAUUGAAUUUCGUUGUACUUAGUUUUUAAUUUUCCACAAAAUUUUCAUGCAAGCUUGACCAAAUAAAAUAAAAAAAUCAACCGAGCAGACGAAAACGUCGAAAAUCACACUUUUCAACCCGUAACUCCGGAACCAGAGCUCUGAUUGGGAGCCCAUAGGCGCGAUAGAUCGUUCACUUAAAACUAAGUUUAGCCAAAUCGGUUCAAUCAUCUCUGAGAAAAGCAUUUGACAUUGUUUGACACAUACUGAGUUGAAUGGUAUAAGGCACUCAGCCCUGGUUUCCGAUUUUCAGAGUGAUUGCGUAAAAUUUGCCAUAUAAAAAAGGCUAAACAUUUAUUGUUCCAAAUCUCCACCGUAGGAGUAUGGAUUUCCACAAUCUAAUUUGCAUCUACGCUAGACAAGUAUUUUUGAAGCGUUCUAGUAAUAUAAACUGAAAGAAUAAAUAAGAACCUAAUAUAAAUUGGAUUUGUUAAAUUAUCAUAUUUGGAGCUAUUAUAUCAAACUAAUUUCGUUAUGAUUGGUAACAUGAUGAAUUAUGCACACGCACACAAAGAUAUUGUUCCAAUUUGUCGAAGCGAAACGAUUGACGCAGAAGGCUCGGCCUUCAGUACCUCGCAUAAGAAUUUGAAUGUUUAAGCGACUUCUGUACCAUCAUAGGAUUAAAAACUCUGUAUGAGCAGAGACCAACGCAAACCAAAUAUCUAUCCAAAAAUGCUAUUAUUAUACCACGUGUUCUCCAAUCGGUAACCGACAGACUGCAACGCUAAAACAACUCGAAAGACCACGCUCUUAUCUGACUACCGUAAAGUUUAGUCAAAUAACGAUGAUCAAGUGAUAAGAAAACGUGAAUAUUCAAUGGAACAUUACUGAAAAUCAGGCCUCUGAGCUACCACCAAAGUCUCGACGCUUUGUAACCGAUCUCGAAUUGAAGCCAUCCACCGUGUGCGGAACCAUGGAAUUAUCCAACAUCACCGAAUCGUUCCAGCAUGGGCUAGCGACUACACACACUACACCUCUGCUAGCGGAUGCAGAAACCGGCAUGAGUAACAACGAGGCCAAAUUGUUGGCCAUUCUAGCACUUGGAUUUGGCAGCUUUAUCUCUGGAAUUUUACCGCUGUUUAUCGCGCAGCGUAACAGAGAACGCUUUCCGGUAUUAAUCUCGUUCCUACUUUGCUUCGGUGCUGGUGUACUGUUAGCAACCGCACUGGUCCAUAUGCUCCCAGAGGUGCGGGACGGUUUGAAACAAUAUGCCGAGAUAGUAUUCUGCAUUGGUUUCUUCCUAAUCUAUACCGUUGAUGAAAUAAGUCACCUAUUCGGAGCCGGCGGGCAUGGUCACAGCCAUGGCGAACAGCCCGUUGCAGCAGUAAGGAGGGUCAGUCGGGAUUCGACUAGUGGAGAUCUGGAUAAUGGUCGCAGUUAUGGAACUAGUGAAGAGACAAAAUUGCUGAGUAAAAGUGAAAGCAGUAUCCAGAUUCCGCAGCGGUCAGCCGAGUGCGAUGGCGGCGAAACUAGUGAAAAUAUAGUAUGUUCAAAUGAGAAUCUCCCGCGGGUGAUGGUGGCUGCUGGUGAUCCCGAGGAGCAAGUGACGGGAGUGUUUAGUCUGCUAUUGGCACUGGUAGUACAUUCGCUGCUGGAAGGAUUGGCCAUUGGAGUCCAGAGCUCAGCACCUCAGGUUCUGCUUUUGUUGGGUGCCGUUAGUGCCCACAAGUACGUGGUAGGAUUUUGUCUUGGCGUGGAAAUCUGCACCCACGGAAGUCGCCACAAUUGUUCCCAUGUUUUACAAAUUUUAACCUUCUCGAUUGGGUCGGUUGCCGGCAUUGCCGUCGGCAUGGUUCUAGAUGAUAUAGGCCAAACAUUCAACAUGAUAGUGAUACCGAUCCUGCAGGGAGUAGCUGGCGGUACGCUGCUGUACGUGACCGUCAGUGAGGUGCUUCCGCGAGAACGCGGAAAGCGAGGACUUAUGCGCAAACGGCAAGUCGGGCUUCUGCAACUAUUUGCAGUGAUGCUAGGAUUUACGGUGAUGUCUAUUUUAAGUCUUUCAAUUGCUGAAAAGUAGUGCUAAUUUCAUAGUUUUAAAAUUUUUAUCUUAGUUAACAAAAUUAUGUAUGUGUAUAUGUAUCGAGUAAGUUUUAUGGAAAGUUAUAAAUGAAAGUUUUUUUUCUAUGCGCCAAUCGGCCCCCCAAGAUAAAUGCAUAGCUUAUAGUAGCGCGAUGCUAAAAGAAAAUGAGCAAACUGA